GAAAGCAACGCCUGCCACACUACCAGUGCCACCUCCAAAAUAAUACUGAACAAACAUAAAUAAACAAUAAUAAUUAUUACAUUAUUAUACAUUACAUAUACACACAAUUGUUUCUCUCUCAUUCAUCUCCGGUUGUGUUCACCCUAACCAUUUUCAACAACCAUCUCAUUCUUUUCCUUUUCUCUCAUAUGACAUGAAUCAUCUCCGAAGGCACAGUAAUGAUAGUCACGUCUCACCUUCCGAGACCCUUUUCUUGAAGGAAACUCUAAUCCACCAAAAUCUUGCCUUUUCUUGGUGAAGAACAACAAGAAGAAUAAUACCAAUAAUAACAACAACAAUAAUAAUAAAUAUAUUAUUGUUGUUAAUAUUGUUAUUAAAAAUAUGACGGAAGUGCUUCAGUUGCCUUCAUCCUCAAGCUGUUCGCGUCGUCCAUGUGGUAGUCUCACACCCAAUGAUGGGUCGCACCCAAUUUCCCUUAUUAACGCUCCUCCCACUGUGGAAGAUCAAAGGGUGGAAAUUGAAGAAGAAGAAGAGAAAGAAAGGGAAAGGGAGAGGGAUCAGCUUUCUAUUUUGACCCUUUUGAUUGCUACGUUCAGGAAAUCUUUGAUUGGGUGCAGCACCACUACAACUUCUUCUUCUUCUUCUUCUUCUUCUUCCAUGGAGAUUGGGUGGCCUUCCAAUGUGAGACACGUGGCACAUGUCACCUUUGAUCGCUUCCAUGGCUUUCUCGGUUUGCCUGUUGAGUUCGAACCCGAAGUUCCCAGGAGACCUCCCAGCGCUAGUGCAAAUGUUUUUGGAGUUUCAACAGAAUCUAUGCAGCUUUCUUUUGAUGCCAGAGGGAAUAGUGUACCUACAAUACUGCUGUUAAUGCAAAGACAUUUGUAUGCACAAGGAGGUCUGCAGGCUGAAGGAAUCUUCAGAAUUAAUGCUGAAAAUGGUCAAGAGGAGUUUGUGAGGGAACAAUUAAACAGAGGUGUAGUACCAGAUGGCAUUGAUGUGCACUGCUUGGCAGGUCUCAUAAAGGCUUGGUUUAGAGAACUACCAACUGGAGUAUUGGACCCUCUUUUGCCAGAGCAGGUGAUGCAAUCCCAGUCAGAAGAAGAAUGUGCUCAGCUUGUGAGGCUUCUUCCUCCAACAGAAGCUGCUUUGCUAGAUUGGGCAAUAAACUUAAUGGCAGAUGUUGCUCAAAUGGAAAACUUGAACAAGAUGAAUGCACGUAAUAUUGCAAUGGUUUUUGCACCAAACAUGACUCAAAUGGCAGAUCCUUUGACUGCUUUGAUGUAUGCAGUACAAGUCAUGAAUUUUCUCAAGACUCUUGUUGUGAAGGCAUUGAGAGAAAGAGAGGAAUCUAUUGUAAAAUCAAAUCCUGUUCCUGACCUUAAUUCUUUUGACGAUGAUGGGAACCAUAGCAAUUCAGAAAUGCUUGACAAGGAGGACAGUGAAAAUGGAAAUGAUUGUAGCGAUGACGAUGAAGAUACAGUGUUUGUCACUGCAGAGCCUUCUCAACAAAGCCCUAGUCAUCUUACAGAAGAUGGUUGUGAAACUGAAACCGCGACCAAAUCCAAAAGUUUGCCAGCAUCUACUGAGAACUAUAUUUCAAGUGGAAAUAGGUUGCUGGUUGACAGUUGUCCUUGCAAUCUUGUAUCUCAAAUUUGCUCUUUGGCAAUUGGACUUCAAGACUGUGGCCUCGCUACCGGGCAGACAAAGGGGGAUCAAGCAAAAAUUUGCAGGAGCAAAAGCCUUCAGUUGAGCACUUAUGACACGGACAAGUGUUCCAGAAAGGUGAUUCAGCUUCCAGUAACCGGAGCUGCAGAGAAGAACCUUGGAAUGGCAAUUAUUGAGCGUAUAAAUUCGAGAACGGAGUUGGCUGAAGCUUGGCGUUGAAAGGCAUCUGAUCCUUUUAGCUUGCUGCCUGAGGGACAGGUUGAAAAAAGAAAAAUGGUACUCCCAUAAUGUUUCUGCAAUUGUGAUUUUCAGUAAAUAUGGACCCCUUAUGAGUUGCAUAAUUGCUGAUGUCAUAAUGGAGAGCAUCCAUCGUCCAUGUACUGGGAGCACUCACAUAAGCUCCUUUUGGGAAGGGAAUGGAAAGGACAAGGUGUAAAGGGGAGGUCUCUAUUUGUGUUUCCACGUUUGGAAAUGCUUGCUACUGGUUUGGUGUGUGUUUUUAUGUUAUUGUUUCUGGGUGAGUUGCUUAACCAUGCGUCUUAAUUCUAUGUGAUUAACCAUGCAGACUUCUAACGUUUUGCUUUCUGUUCCUGAAGUAUAGAAUUUAACGAAUUCAAAGUUGUUUGUCCGCUUUGUUCAACACAUUUUUGUAUGGAUGACAGCAUGAUCUUUAAA